AUGGCAGAAAGAUGGGUUCCUUCAUUAAGCUUUUUCCUAGUUAUGGUUGUCCUUCACUCAGCAGAUGCUUCAAUUCCAGCUAUGUUCAUACUAGGGGACUCAACAGCUGAUGUUGGAACCAACAGUUUAUUGCCUUUUAGUUUUAUAAGAGCUGAUUUUCCUUUCAAUGGCAUUGACUUUCCCUCCUCACAACCAACUGGGAGGUUCAGCAAUGGCUUCAACACUGUAGAUUUUCUCGCCAAUCUAACAGGUUUCCAAAUAAGUCCACCACCCUUUCUUUCUCUAGUUGACAGUCAGUCUUCUAUGAACAAGCAGUUUCUUAAAGGUGUAAGCUUUGCAUCAGGAGGAUCUGGACUUCUUGAUACAACAGGACAAUCUCUGGGAGUCAUCCCCUUGGGAAAGCAAAUUCAGCAGUUUGCCACAGUCCAGAGCAAUCUUACUGCAGCAAUAGGUUCAGAUGAAACAGAGAAGCUGCUCUCCAAAUCUUUGUUUCUCAUCAGCACUGGAGGCAAUGAUAUUCUUGGCCAUUUCCCCUUAAAUGGUGGUUUAACCAAGGAAGAGUUCAUAAAAAACCUUAGUGAUGCAUAUGAUAACCACUUAAAGAAUUUAUUCGAGCUUGGGGCAAGGAAGUUUGCCAUUGUAGGCGUUCCACCAAUUGGGUGUUGUCCGUUGUCAAGACUUGCAGAUAUCAACGAUCAUUGUCAUAAAGAAAUGAAUGAGUAUGCCAGAGAUUUCCAGACAAUACUCAGUGCCCUCUUGCAAAAGCUCAGCUCAGAAUAUGGAGGCAUGAAGUACUCACUUGGAAAUGCAUAUGAAAUGACAAUGAAUGUUAUAGACGAUCCUCCUGCAUUCAGUAAGUGA